CUGGAGUGGCCCCUGGUGGGCCCCUGAGGUGACCCCUGAGGUGGCCCCUGAGGUGGCCCCUGAGGUGACCCCUGGGGCUCCAGCACUAGCUGUCCGCCUCAUCAUCAUCACCACCACAAAGAAAGCUAUACCGAUGUUUUCCUUGGUGGAGAACACCAGGAGGUUUUUUCACUGCUGCGGACUGAUUCGAGCUGUCACAACAACUGUCCCGUCAGAAAAUAGAUGAAUUUGAUUUAAGUUAAUGUCAAGGCUUUUAUAUCCACUGCCUGAUACAGCAUAAAUGUCAUCGUGGCAGAAUGAAACAGCAAUAAGCAAAUACCAAGGGAGUUGUCUUCCAAUGUAUGUUUCAAUCUGAUAAUUAUCAUUAAGUAAUAAAACAGUCCAGAGAUUUGAAAAAGUAAAAUAGUCCUUCCGUGUAAAAUUACAAUAGAGAUUCUUAUCAGCAUAAGGAAAAGCGUUAAGAAUCAAACUUAACUGAAAUCUUUUAAAUGAUAACUUAAAUAGAUGACAUCAUCAACAAAACCUAAAUUGCUUGUCCAAAAAAACGUAGAGAUAGUCUGUGUUUGUGCCGCGGCAACAACAUUCCUGCAUCUUCAUGAAUGAUUAGCUAUGUUUUCCUCAGCGUCGCUGGAUGACUAACCGAGUCAAAUGUAUCUGAGACCCAGAGCAACAAAAGGCACAACUGUGCUUCAAGCGUGGUAUGGGACACUUCAGUAAGAGGGCGAGGCCGACACGAAGGUACGCGAGUCAAAAAUUGAAGAGCUUCUAUUGUGACUGAUGGUCCUGAGCAUUGGAGCAAAGCUGCAUCACUUUUUAAAAGGAUGUCUGGUUGGGGCUGGAGGACUUGUAACUUCUGUGGCCACUGGGAAAAUGGUCAGUGCUGAUGUCAAUGAACACAUUCCAAUUGUUAAACAAUUGUGCAUUUGUGCAUAACUUGCUUGGCAUAUACAUUUUUUUUUAACCUUACUCCUCUUGAAAGGCCAUUCCAAGUGAUGGGACUGUGAGACGUUAAAUCAUUUUGUUUGUUGACUCAACCUGCUCAUUUACUCGAACUCCUAAAUAUCCAUCUAUCACUGAUUCACAAACUCCUCAAUGUGUGAUCAUCUGAGCUGUAAAAAAAAUAAAAGACAAAGAUAGAAAAGAGAACAGUGAUUGGCUGCAUUGAUCCAAUUUUGGAUAGGGCUCCACCCAUACAGGAAAGUUAAUCACUGACUAGUUGUGUGCAGACACAAGUGUCCUCUGGCCCUGAGGAAGCAGCAGCUCUGAGACGAUGGAGAGCGGUGCGCAGAGGCUCAACCUGAAGAGGGAGGUGGGGUUGAUAGGAGCCGUGUCGUUCAUCGCCGGGACCAUGAUCGGCUCCGGCAUCUUCAUAUCCCCCCAGUAUGUGUUGUCCACCAUCGGCAGCCCCGGGGCCAGCCUGCUCGUGUGGGCCUGCUCUGGGCUGAUAGCCAUGCUGGGGGGCCUCUGCUACGCCGAACUGGGCACAGUGAUAUCCGAGUCCGGGGGGGAGUACAUCUACAUGCUGCGGACAGCCGGGAGGGUGGUGGCGUUCAUGUUCGUCUUCAGCUUCGUCGCCGUCAUGAGGCCCGCCAGCGCCACGGGGAUCGCCCUGAGCUGCGCCGAGUACGUCGUGGCCCCGUUUUUCGACGGCGGCACGCCGCCCCAGGUGCUGGUGAAGUGCAUCGCCGCCGUGUUGAUCUUGGUGCUGGCCAACGUCAACUGCCUGAGCGUCCGCCUGGCCACCGGCAUCCAAGUGGUGUCCAUGGUCAUCAAGGUGCUGGCGCUGCUGGUGAUCGUGCUCGGUGGCGUUGCGAUGGUCUUCCAGGGCAACACGGACAACUUCGAUGUAUCCUUCGAGGGGACAAAUGUCGGCGUCAGCUCCAUCGGCAUCGCUUUCUAUCAGGGCUUGUGGUCCUACGAUGGCUGGAACACUUUGAAUUAUCUAACGGAAGAGCUGAAAGAUCCAGAAGUCAAUCUUCCUCGGGCAGUUGUGAUAGCCAUUUCGCUGGUGACUGGCUUGUAUCUGCUGGUGAACGUGAGCUACCUGACAGUGAUGACGCCUAAAGAGCUCAUGUCCUCCAGCGCUGUGGCAGUUACCUGGGGGAACAAGGUGUUGGGAAGCUGGGGGUGGAUCAUGUCCGUGGCUGCAGCGUUGUCUGCCUUUGGCUCACUGAACGGGACCUUCUUCAGCGGCGGCCGCGUGUGCUUUGUUGCUGCCAGGGAGGGACAGAUGCCAGAUAUCCUGUCCAUGGCUCACGUGCACAGACUGACUCCAUCCCCGGCACUGAUCUUCACCACUGUCAUCUCUCUGGUGGUGCUGAUCCCCGGAGACUUCCAGAGUAUCGUCAACUUCUUCAGUUUCACUGCCUGGUUCUUCUAUGCCAUCACCCUGUCGGGACUCCUCUAUCUCAAGAUCAAGAAGCCAGAACUCCCCAGGCCGUACAGAGUUCCCAUUAUACUCCCCAUCCUGGUCCUCAUUGCAGCGAUAUUCCUUGUGCUGGCCCCCAUCAUAGACAGUCCUCAGAUUGAAUACCUCUAUGUGACUUUGUUCAUCUUCAGUGGAAUCCUCAUCUACAUACCCUUCAUCCAUUACAAGCUCUGCCCGGGCCUGCUGACCAAGUUAACAGUGUUCCUGCAGCUGUUCUUGGAGGUCGCUCCAGUAGAGAAAAACCUGUGAUUUCGCACUUUGUAUUUAUUUUUGCUGACGUUUGACUGUUAGUCAAAUCAGAGAGCACAUGAAUAAAUGUUUCCAAAGCUUUACCUGAGCAACAGUAGAUCCUGAGUGGCAGAGUAUCAGUGGAUCAUUUCCGUUACAGGUCAUUUGUGUUAAUUUCUAUUUUAGUUUAUCUUAGGUGUUCCUUCGCAUAAAUGUUCCACAUGAAAGAUCCAUUAACGUUUAUUUUGAACAAAUUUUAUAACAAGGAAUAUCGCAGAUUGAAACGCUGCGAGUUUCUACUGUUUUUUUCUAACAGCACAAGCUAUAUGCUGUACUUUUGGGCUGCAGCUGUUUGGUGAUCCUUUGAUUUUUUAUAGUCACGUAAAUGUACUUAGCUUGUCAAUAUUUAAGGAUAUUAUAUUAUAUAAUAACAGUCACUGCUGUAGCUAAUGUGCUAUUUAUACUGGCUAAACAUCAAAAUAUUGACAUUGUUAUUGUGAACAUGUUUGUAUGCUGAGGUUAGCAUUUAGCUCACAAAACUGCAGUGUUACACAGCCUCCUAAGAGCCACUAGCAUGGCUGCAGAUUCUCAAGACUUGUUUUCCAGUUCUGUUUUCAGUCCUCACUUUCUUGCCAUGUUCAGUAUUAUGCUGGACUCAAUUUUUGCAGUAUAUUUUGUUAAUAUCUUAAUCCACUGUAAAUACACACUAGGCUAUAAAUGAGAUGAAGAUUGGCCUUCCUGAAACAAAUGUUCUUUUUGAGUCUUAAAUGCAAAAUAUUCACUCAUACAGAUUGUGAAUAAAACAAAAAAGUUUAUUAAUUUAUUAUCCACAAUAAAGAUAAAACAAGACAUGGCCAACUCUUAGUGCAACUUUCACAGAACCGAAGAUUGUUCAUCACGAAACAGUAAGGAGCAGGGAAGGGACAUUGUGUAUAAUUCUGUAUUAAUAUGCAGACCAAAAAAAGUCUUAAACUGAAA